AUGGAAGAAGCAAAAUCAAAGUACAAAUCAAGGCCAAAAAGACAAGCGAAACCUGCCGCAGACGAAGGGUUUUGGGAUUGUAGCGUCUGCACCUUCAGAAACAGUGCUGAAGCCUUUAAAUGUAGCAUCUGCGAUGUGAGGAAAGGCACUUCCACCAGAAAGCCUCGGAUCAAUUCUCAGUUGGUGGCACAACAAGUGGCACAACAGUAUGCCACCCCACCACCCCCUAAAAAGGAGAAGAAGGAGAAAGUUGAAAAACAAGACAAAGAGAAACCUGAGAAAGAUAAGGAAAUCAGUCCCAGUGUUACCAAGAAAAACACCAACAAGAAAACAAAACCAAAGUCUGAUAUUCUGAAAGAUCCUCCCAGCGAAGCAAACAGUAUACAGUCUGCAAAUGCUACGACAAAGACCAGUGAAACGAAUCACACCUCAAGGCCCCGGCUGAAAAAUGUGGACAGAAGCACUGCUCAGCAGUUGGCAGUGACUGUGGGCAACGUCACCGUCAUUAUCACAGACUUUAAGGAAAAGACUCGCUCCUCCUCGACCUCCUCCUCCACAGUGACCUCCAGUGCAGGGUCAGAGCAGCAGAACCAGAGCAGCUCCGGCUCGGAGAGCACAGACAAGGGCUCCUCCCGCUCCUCCACGCCAAAGGGCGACAUGUCAGCGGUCAAUGAUGAAUCUUUCUGAAAUUGCACAUGGAAUUGUGAAAACUAUGAAUCAGGGUAUGAAAUUCAAAUCCUCCACCUGCCCAUGCUGCUUGCACCCCUGGGGAUUCUUCUGUGGACAUCGAUCUCUUAGUGAUGCUGCCAGGAUAAUUUCUGCUUGCCAUGGGCAUCUGGCCACCAAGGAAUUUCGCACCCUGACGAUUACUCUUGACACUUUUAUGUAUUCCAUUGUUUUAUAUGAUUUUCCUAACAAUCAUUUAUAAUUGGAUGUGCUCCUGAAUCUACUUUUUAUAUAAAAAAAAUCUGCUGUGCACAAUUUUCCAUGUACAUUACAACUGGUUUUUGUUUUUGUUUUGUUGGGGGAGGGGUUGGGAGGGAGGACUUUUAUUUAUUGUGUUCACAAACCAUCCUUUCAGCAUAUCCUUUUAAGUUUAGUUCUUUCUUCCAGUUAUACUAUGUACUAUCAGUUUUGAUAUAACUAUAUAUAUAUAUAAAAAUAUAAAAUUAUAUAUAAAGGGUUAUUUGAAACCAAUUCAUGGCAACGCUGGUGCUUGAUACACUGUGAAGUGAAUACAACAUUGAACAGUUACAGAUCUGGGACAGUCCCUUCUAUGAAAGUGCUGAAAACAAAUUAAAAUCAGUCUUACAUGAAGUAUGUUCCAACCCACGUGGGAACUUGACUCAUCUGUCUAAAGAGUACUGGACGAUAUAAAAAUAUAUAUUUUUUAAACAAUGUGAUCUCAAAUGUAAAGACUGCUCCAGAUAGCCUGCAUUUGCAAUGGAAUAACUGACAAAUCACAAGUGUUUAGUUGGGGGGGGGAGGCUUUGAUUAUUCAAAAGUAACUAGCUCCAGAAUGCCAAGUAUUCAUGUAAAUUACGGUUACAUGUUAACAUUGCUGUUCUUACAUACACACUCAUGAAAGUAUGGUAUUCUAUAACUUGAAUGCCAUCCAUUUUCCAGACCUCUACUCAUGUCCGAGGUAAAUCUAUAAAUUGUCUCUUAGUUUUAGGAUUAAGCCGUCUAAACUGUAUUUUUGGCCCAUUCAAGAAGCAAAUCCCUACUUCCACUUUGCAUGUGACAUUACAGUGGUGGUUUUUGUAAUUGAAGUUGGUUUGCCUCAUCACAUUUGUCUCCUUGUUUAACAAACCUUUACCUUAUCAAUUCAUUUGUGAGAAUUCAUUUUCUUUAUUAAAAUCCACUUGUUUGUUUCACUGAACAAAGGUUAUCAACCACCAAUCAAACCCCAACAUGGAGCUUGUCAGUGUUCAGAGACAUUUCUCAGUUCCCUGCCCUGGGAAGGAACUCAAGUGGUGAAUAACUUGAGGGCCUACAGCCAGUUUUAGGGAAAGCUCAUACUUCCUGCAAGGGAGUCGUUUCCUUUUUUCUGGAUCGCUUGAGCAAACUCCUUUCAAAGUUUCUUUUCCCUCAUUUGUUAGUGAACAAAUUGUUGUCUUGCAAAAGCAACACCAAAAAAAAAAAAAAAGCAGCAAAACAUAAAUAAAAUCAGAAUAACAAAGACCACUAAUAGGAUUCCACCGCUCCUCAUUUUGAAAUGUUUUUGUUUUCUUUGGAUUUGGGGUCUCCUACAUUGUAAUCCAGAGUUCACAAGACUCUGGCAUUUCAAGCAUGGGAAGUGAUGUUACCUUCCUCUGUUUGACUGUACUUUAGGGACUCACGGGAAGGCAGCCGAUUUGGGUGUGAGAAACCUGAUUUUCUUAAAAACAAGCAAUUUCUGUGGAGGCAACGAGUUAAUAAAACAAAAAUUAACAGCUUGAUUUGAGUAGCCAACAGGAAAGGUUCCUUUCACAUUUACAUUAAAACUAUUCUGUAGUCACUAUAAUUUAAAUUCUGUUCUCUUCUCAGAGGCAUAGAUUAUAAAGCAGUGCCAUUUGUUGUUGUGGUCUUAAAUGCAUGGACAAUGUUCCCCUCUUUUUUAAAUAAUUCUUGUAUCUGGGAUGCAAGUGAUACUUUUUAAAUACAUUUUUAAAGUGUUUAUUAAUGAACCAAAGGAAAUUCGAUGCUUCCUAUAAGCAUCAGAAUAUAUAAUACAUAGUGAUUUGACUAUGAAUUUUAAAUCCACAUUUUAAUAUUAGUGGGAUAUUGCAAAGACAUUCCUUCUAAAGUUUUAAUAUUCCUUUUAUUAAGGGUCUCAGGGAGGGUAAAUUAGUCAGCCAUAUUUAUUUUCCAGAGAUGUAAGGAAUUGCUAAGUUUUUAAUUAACUUUUUAAAAUUUAAAUGCCACCAAACUCAUGUGGGUUGCACUGCUUUUUAAACCAGUAAGUGUUGGUAUGCACUUUGUUCAGAAACACUGUGUACUUUUCAAAAUUAGUUUCAUGUAAAGUGAUUGGACUCCUAGACUAGUGGAAAAGCUGAUUAACAGCUACUCAUAGGCUGCUAAUUAAUUCAUUGCCAAUGUCUUGGUUUUUUCAAUUUUGCCUCCGUGAAAAAUUGAAAGAAUAAAGCAUGGGAAGGGGUGAAGGAAGACAGCAUUGCUUUAGAACAGGUGGGAUGGAAUUGCCAUUCUGAUAGAAAGUGCAGCUAACAGUGGGAUUUCUCUCAGCUAUCAAAUGUCACCGGACCAGUCCUUCAGCUGCCAUUGUGUAUUCUGGUGAGGUAGUGAGGUGGUAGGUACAUUAGACUUUUCAUUUAUGAAAUUGAUGAUGUCCCUCAGGCAUGUAUUCUGGAAAUGGAAUUCCUGUAACUUCCUGCAUUUGCAGUUUGCCUUACAAUUAGGCAGCACGUCAAAACACUAGUGUAGAUUAUAAAGGUAGAUAUUAAAAGGACCAGAAAUACUUGGUAUUCAGUGGCACAGUAAGCAGGUUAUAAAAACAAACAAAAAAAAACAAAAGCACAGUGUUAACGCUUGCAAGUUUCCAUUUGCUUUAAUACCACAAGAUCUUUCACACUUGGGUGCACGCACACACAGAGCUUACCUGACUUGCUCUGCUUGAGUCAUGCAUUAAGAAAAAGACAUCCUGACACCCACAAAAUAUUUUAAUCAAAACCUUUCAGUUUCAAUCUGGAUAUUUGAAAACAUUGGCAGAAGCUUCUGUGAGUUUAGUUCCACUAAGAUGUUUCACCUGCCUUAUCAAGACCAUUCUCAGUCUACUUUUUUAAGCUACCAUAUCUUAAAUUAUUGAAAAUUUAUUAAUUGCUGGAUAUAUAAUAACCUUUGCUUGUAUGUAACCGAAAAUGGUUUAAGAGCCAACAUUUAGAGUAUGACAAUGGAGCUGAACAGUUUUUAAUGCGCAAGCAGUUCUGUUCUUGUGUAUGACUUGUAACCUUAAUUUACUGUGUAAAGAUGGUUACAUUAUUUCCUUAGCUUUGUUUGUUGGAGACAAAUAGAGAAUGCUUGUUAAGUAUGUCAAAACAUAAUCUUGUGAAUUUUUGUUAAUGUAUUAUACGAGCUAUAUUUUUCAUUUGCCCAGAAAGACAGCUUGUAUAACGCUUUUGGAAGUUUCUGCUCUGUAAUGUCUUUAGAGCUGACAGUCUGUUAGGUUUGUUUUUUUCCUUCAUGCUAAAGUGUCAGUUGGUGGUUUUGUGAACUGGUCAGAAAUUCACAGGUCUUAAAUGUUUUGGGGAAAUUUAUAUUGGACACUGCUCUUUGUCUAGCAAAUAAAAGAUGUUAAUAUAUUCCUGUUACUGGCAUGUGCACGACUAUGUUAUUAGAAGCCACUUUAUCAUUUCCCUGCUUUAAAUAGAAAUGUCUAUUUAUGAAUUCUGCUUGUAGUUUUUUCACAAAUAAAAUAGUAAAAUUUACAUUGAAAUCUU